GUAGGUUAGUGCCUCUAAUGCUCAAAACAAACCAGCGAAGAAGAAGCAGGAAACCCACAUGUGCAGCACAGUGUCAACAUGGGGAAAAGAAGACAGAAUAAACAGCUUUUUACGACUUUAUCCAAAAAACAGAAGAAGCACUUGAAGGAGUUUGGAGAGGAGCAUCCUUUUCAUGAUGUAGUCAAAGAAGCUCCUGAACGGACUGAAAUAUUGGACCUGCCGGCAAGCCCAGAACACUCUGACGCUGAGCCCGGUGAGCUGGAGGAUAACGAAGAGGAAGAGGAAGAGGAGCAGAAAUCAGCUUAUCAGAAACUUCUGUCAACUCUCAGUCAGUCCACCGGUAAUGAGCACAGUGAAGAGGAGAGCAGUGAUGAAGAAGAAGAGGAGGAGGAGGAGGAAGAAGAGCUUCUCGUUGAAGGGGACAGUGAUCUAGCUGGUGAUGAGAGUGGGGAUGAAGAUGAAGUGGCGGAGGAAGAACCAGAAGAUACAGGUGAGGAUCUGACUGAGGCAGUUGAAGGAGAGGCAGGGCCAGAGGAAGCAGCAGGAGGUGAAGAGUUUGAAGACAAAGAGAAUGAGUCCAAAUUCUGUCUGGAGACCAACUUCCUGGACGAGGACGGAGUAGAAGAGGAGGAAGAAACAACUGCUGAGCAAGACAGCAAAGACUUGUUUUCACAGCAUUUGAGCACAGAGUUAAGUGAGGAAGAUGUGCAGAAGAUAACAUUCGGCAGCAAGACAAAGGCUCAAAUCAUGUGGCCACAGUUGGGGACGUUACUUUCUACCAAUCCCCUGGAGAAGUUUGGAUCUGUUGGUCAACACAAAGACACAGAUCUCCCUGUUUUCCACAAACUUUUAGAGUCCAACUGGAAGAAUCUUAACCAGUGCUCGGACCUUGAAGGAGAGGCCAAGGAGAUCAGCUCCCUGCAACUCGAGCUGCUGGCACUAAUGGGCUCCUACAAGGACCUCUACUACCCAGAGACCUGUCCUCUGAACCAGGGCCCUCAGGUCCGCAGUGCAUACUGCCUCCACGUGCUGAACCAUGUUUUGAAGGCUAACUCCCAGGUCCUGGCCCACAACGCACUACUGAGGGAGCAAAAGAUUCAGACUAAAGCUGGAGCUGAGCCACAGGACGAACCUAGAGACCAGGGACUGACGCGGCCAAAGGUCCUGAUUCUGGUUCCAUUUCGAGGUGCAGCUCUUAAAGUCAUCCAGACGCUUAUCGGCCUGCUGGAGUCAAAAAGCAAGAAGAUUGUGGUGAACAACAAGAAGAGGUUCAAAGAGGAGUUUGGAGAAGAUGAAGAUGACGACUCCACCAAUCUGCAGAGACCGGACGACUACCACGCCAUCUUCUCAGGCAACGUGGACGACCACUUCCGGAUAGGCAUCUCCAUCGUGAGGAGCAGCAUCCGUCUCUACUCGCCUUUUUAUUCUUCAGACAUCAUCAUUGCGUCUCCGCUGGGCCUGCGUACAGUGCUGGGAGCAGAAGGAGAAAAUAGAAGAGACUUUGAUUUUCUGUCCUCCAUCGAGCUGCUAGUGCUGGACCAGGCAGACGUCUUCCUCAUGCAGAACUGGGAACACAUAUUGCAUGUGAUGAAGCACCUGAACCUGCAGCCGCUGGACUCACAUGGAGUGGACUUCUCCAGAGUGAGGAUGUGGAGCCUGAACAACUGGGCCAAACAUUACCGGCAGACUCUGGUGUUCAGUUCCAUCCAGGACCCACAGAUCAACAACAUCCUCACCAAGCAAUGCGCCAACUACCGAGGACAGAUUGCGACUAAGAACAUGCCAAAAACAGGUUCAAUCAGCCAGGUGCUGGUUCAGCUGCCUCACGUGUUUCAGAUGUUCCCCUCUGACAGCUUCAUGGACCACGAUGCCCGGUUUACAUUCUUUUUAGAUAAAGUGCUGCCUCAGUACCGGGACUCUGUAAUGUCCCACACCUUUAUCUACAUCCCGUCUUACUUUGACUACGUCCGUUUGCGCAACUACAUGAAGAAAGAGGAGAUGAACUUCACCAGCAUCUGCGAGUACUCCAGCAAGUCCGAGGUGUCCCGAGCCCGACACUUCUUCCUGAAGGGGGACAAACAGUUUCUGCUCUUCACUGAACGCUUCCACUUCUACAAGAGGUACGCCAUCAAAGGGAUCCAGAACCUGAUAUUUUAUGGAUUGCCCUCCUACCCCCACUUCUACAGCGAGGUGUGUAACAUGCUGGCAGCAGGCGGUCAGGAGGAGGGGGCCAGCUGGACUUGCACUGCGCUCUACUCUCGCUAUGAUGCCCACAAAUUAGCAGCCAUCACGGGAGCCCAGCGAGCUGGACAGAUGCUGCACUCCAACAAGGCUGUUCACCUUUUUAUUACAGGAGGGGAGGAGAAAGGCUCCUGAUGAAGCUGGUCAGAUUAAAGAGGGACGAUGGUAGAUAUAUUGACUGGAUGAGGUGUUGCUAUGCCGUGACAUUCCAUACAUGAGAGUUUUAUGCCUCUUUGAAUGUAUAUAAAGCUCUCCAUCACAUUGAGACUGUUCUUGCAAACACAUGAAGAAUCUUUUUUAGAUGAUCUGUUGAUGAGAUCACCAUAAACAUCACGCCACAAAGUCAGGAGAUCAUAAAACAAUGAUUUUGUCAUCUGUAGUCGAUAACUGUGAUAAGAUGUCAAUCAUUACUCAUGUUGUGUAAAGUGUACUUUGCAGAGUCGGUAUACUGUAUAUUCUAUCAUCCUCUUUAACUUCCCUUGAUAGUUUUUGUAUCUUUACCUUUGCUAAAAAUGCAGAAAUGUUCCUCAAGUCCUAGAAAUAUAUUUGUUUUUAAAGUUGUUUUGUAUGUCAUACUAAAUUUGAGUGUUUCCAA